UUUGUCCGAGCCGCGUCCGGAUGCGAUACGAGACGCGUUACUGGUUACGAGACCGCUCGUUAUGCACGCGUUGUUGGUGGGAAUUGCUCCUCACCGGAUCCCGUAAACGACGUUAUAUACAAACGGCUCGAACCACGAAACCUCGUCGCUGGCAAUUCGCCGGCAACUCCCGGGGAACCGGCGCAAACAUUUGCGCUGGGGGUUGUUUAACGGUCCCCGCGACACACAACGAAAACGAUGCCACCAAACCAAUCCAGUCUUCGCUGCCUUCGGAGUUCGACGUCGCUUAAUCGGACGCCGGGGAAUCCCGUACGUGUCACGUUGCGAUAGUACUCUAGAAAAUGAUCAGAUCGAUUGUUCUUGCUCUCCUUCUGUUCUGCCAAUCGAUCAACAUCGGGAGAUGCCUGCGGGAGAAUGGUACUCACGUCGAAAUCUCAGAGGCAGCACAGCGGCACAGGCUGAGAAGGAGCCUCACGUUUCCCGAUCCGUCUAUGCUUUUGCUGAUUUUCGGUCUAGGCACUCCGUUGCAGUUGGACCGCGAGAGCGUAAUCGUGGGAGUGUUUGCGAAAAUGCAAUACUACUUGCCCAACAACGCUACGGAUUUCACGGAGCCGGGGGUGUAUUACAUGAGAGCCAGCAGAAGCAGGUGGAGCUUGUACAAAAUGUUUGAAAAGGUUGCGGCCAUGUAUGGCUUAGGUGGCAAAGAGUGUUUACUCAGGGCCAUCUGCGAAGUCGCUUACGUCCCGUUCGACGUUCAUCAUGGAUUGCUGGGACAAUUGGUACACACCUUUCUUAGGCCCUCCAGCACGCGGGAAGAGUACGACGAGUACGAGGAUCGGGAAUAUCGGGCGGCUGAACGGUUGGGCGAGCAGGCGGAGGGCGCAGGCUGCCACGCCCUUUAUCCGGAAUGCCGCAGAAGUGUUCUCGACGUGUUUUCCACGUUGUCCACGUGAGGUAACCGUACGGAAAUCCCGUGAGCGGCGCAAUUGCGACGGAAGGUACGGACGAAAGGAGUGGAUCGCUGAAAUAUAUCGGAUCGCCGAACGAUAUCGUUAAGACGCUAAGAUCGAAAGUUUAAAGGCUCAAAGCAUUUUCUUGGCAACGUGAUUUUUUCAAAGAAAUGCAUAAUGCAUCACGGAGCGUUUUUCCUGGAAUUUUCCUACCUACGAUCGAGAUCAUCUGGAAUGUCCCUUUCACAAAUACACGACAUUGGCAGCUGCGAAACGUGCCGCUCGAAUACAUAGCUCGCGCUGCUCGGUUCGCCCUAACACGGAAAGUGCAUGGCACUGUACAUUUGUCAAUUACAAAAUUGAAUUCCGACGAUAUCGCUCCUCGCGCACGAAAACGAGAUUCCUUACGAAAUAAUCCAUCUCCGCUUUCGAUGUUUCGUCGCUUCGCUGAUGCGAGGAGGUCGCGAAAGCGUUUCGUACGCUACCCCCGCGUUCUUCCCCCAUUGGCAUUCCACUCCUUCCUGAUUCGGAGUUUCAUCUUCCUAAAAGUGCGCGUAAGAAACACAGAGUUUCAGCGUGUGGAAUGUCGGCAUUCGAUAUUAAAGAAUCUUCGGCAUUCACGAAGGAUGGGCUUUACUCUUCUCCCCUCCCCCUUUUCUUUUCCCCCGCAAAGUUAUCGCGGUUUUUCCGUUACUUUGGCGCAUUUCCGUAUAAUCAACCAAAAGAAAAAAAGCUCGUCGAAAGUUUUUAUGGGGCGGCUAGCGCGAUUCCUUUAUGUUCCUUCGGAGCUGCUUAGUAAGAUUAUUUACAUUGCCCAACGUUUUUUUUUUAUUCUUAAUUGCACGGGAACUGAAUCCUCGAAUGGAAGAACGGUGGAAGGAAGAAUGGCGAUUAUCGGGAAUUUUUCGAAUGCACACUCUUAACACAGAGAAAAUAUUGAAGCGUUUGCGAAAGCGCGCAUCUGCCUUUUUUGUAUCACAUAAACCAAUUUAGGCGAUGGGUUUGUUACGCGCUCUUAUAUAUUAUAUAUUAUACAUUAUAUUUGCACGCGCACCGAUACAUAUAUAAUUCCCAUAAUAAUGCGUAUUGUAACCACAUUCGCAUCUAUAUGCGGUGUAUGCGGUUGCCGGUUAAUUAUUAGAUAAUAGACGUACCGUAGUUAAUUAUGAAUAGAUAUUAGUUUGGCCAGAGCAAGCAAAUUUAGCUCUUUCCGUACAAUGCACAUGUACGAAUGUACUCUGACUUUCGAAUUGCAGAGAUAUUUAAGGGAUGCCCUAAUUUGUUGAUGCUUGCAAAUUAAUUUGAAGGAAAGAUGCAAAUUUAAAAACUCCAUUAUUCAUGAGAAACUUUCGAAGCUUUUUAAAUCUUGAAUGCGCAAUUUAGUGUUAGAACAUAAUGGUUGCUUUUUUAAACAUAUCAUUAGAAUUAAUAUAAUAAUUUAAGAUUCUUAGCACCUUACCAUAUGUGUCCGACAUAAAACGUAUUUCUUGAGCUAUUCCUUACGCAUCUCACGUUGCGGAAAGGAGAAAUAAAGAAAUUUUCUUCGCUCGCUAUUUACACUUCCAGAAAUAUUCUUCUGAUUGUUCUGAAAAACAGUUUUAAUCACAAUGGAUUUUGCAGCGCACGCGACCUCCUAUUUACAUUCCAGGCGACUUCGUCGCAAUAAACCUCGAGACUUUCUUUACGUUAACGUCCUGCCGAGUAGUACGGGAUAUUGCAAUCAAGGAACCCGAGUCCCCAGAUUUGCGCAGCACACUGGAAAACCCACUUUAACAUUUUACAGCGCGAAACGAUUUCUUUCCCGUAACGCUUUAUUAUGUCGCUCCGCGCGACCGCGCGACCGCGCGACCGCUCGCCUCGCCACAUUGUGUGGGAAAAGCUCAUUUUCUUCAAGUUUCGUAAACACGUGUUUUUACGCACCGUUUUGCGCAGAAACGCUCAACGAGUGCGUUUUUCUCGUGUACAGACGGCGAAUUUGUUUCGCGGCUUGCAUAAUAGCCGCUCACUUCUGCGUCUGCGUUGUUCCGUGGUAUUCUCGAGUUCGCGCGGUGACCGCAGAUGCCGGAAAAGCUAAAUUUGAUGAGAAAAGUUUGUUUUCUUAGGGGGCGGAGGAUGCGCGGAAUUUUCGACGCUACGGAAUGUCGCCGAAGCUCAUUCGUUUGAUGAUAUACACGUGUGUAGGUAUUUUAAUAUCAAUUGAACUUGGGGUCUUUUGAUUAAUGUCAAAAGGGAUACUAGAUACAUGGUUAGCAUUAAUUAUAAUGAGUUUGUAAUUAGAAUUGUCACAAUUAAAUAUAUUUUAAACUAUAAGUUAUAAACAAUGACCCAUAAUUAAUAUUGAUAAUUGUUAUCAAUAUUAUAAUUCAUUGUCUAUUAGUAAUAAUGUAUUUACGCAAUGUAUUUGAUACAAUUGAUCGUCGAUUAAUUAUGAAUUAUAAAUAGAUAACGAACUGAU